UGGCGGGAGAUGAGGGGGAGGCGCCGGCGCCGCCAUCUUAGAGGCGGGCGGAAGGGGCCGGCCCGGCCGCCAGAGGAACCCGAGAGGCAGCCCGGAGACGUGGAAGCGCCACAGCCAUGGCUACCCCGAAAGCCUCCGUGGCGGCUGGCGGCUCCUCCUCGGCUGGCGGCGGCACGAACUUGCUCUUCUCCUCGUCGGCCACCGAGUUCAAUUUCACGGUCCCCUUCAUCCCCGUCAGCCAAGCCCCUGCCCCUCCGCCUCCUCCAGCCGCUGCCGCCGCCGCCGCCUCGGGGCCUGGUCUCCUGCCCGCAGACGAUACGACUGAUGUUGGUGAAGAAGACAGCUUCCUGGGGCAGACUUCUGCAAAUCCUAACCCCCCGCCAACUUUCAGUUAUUUCUCCCAAGUUCCUAGCAGCAGUGAUCCCUUUGGAAGCAUUGGGCAGCCACCCUUAGGCGCAACAUCCCCACCCCAAGCUGGAACAUCUGUUUUCUCUAAGACUUCAGCUUCUCUCCCACUUCUGCCUGGAUCACAAGAUGGGCCAAAUGCUUUCUCAGCUCCUCUUUCCAAAUCACAGCCUUUUAAUGCGCCACCUGCUUCAGGAAUUGGUUCAUACACUGGUCCUCCACCAGCUGGCUUCUCAACUCCUCCUCAUGCCAUAUCGCAGCAAGGCUACAACCCGUAUCGCCAUACUACUUUAAGCAGUAGAGCUAAUCCUUACAUCACUCCACCGCAACUUCAACAGACACAAACACCCACCCAGAACGUUCAGCCUCCAGCCUCUGUACCACCUAUGCACAUGUAUGCGACUCCAGGCACGCUGCCACCGUUUUCUUCGCCUCAGUCACCAAUGCCGCCUGUGGCUCCCAUGUCAGCAGGCCCUUUGGUGAAAGCACCUCCCAUCUUACUACAUAACCAAUAUGAGCCAGUUCAGCCCCAUUGGUUUUAUUGCAAGGAGGUGGAAAACAAGGAGCUAUGGAUGCCAUUCAGUGUCCUAGAUUCUACAACACUAGAGGAAGUUUAUAACUCUGUGCAACCUGAUCCAGAGAAUGUUGUCUUGAGUACUGACGGAGGACGUUAUGAUGUUUAUCUCUAUGACCGAGUCAGGAAAGCUGUAUAUUGGGAAGAAGAGCCAUCUGAAGUAAGAAGAUGUACUUGGUUUUAUAAGGGAGAUCAAGACAGCAGGUUUAUUCCUUACACUGAGGAUUUCAGCGAAAAGCUAGAGGCAGAGUAUAAGAAAGCUGUUACCACAAAUCAGUGGCAUCGGCGACUGGAAUUUCCAGGUGGAGAAACUAUUGUUAUGCAUAAUCCUAAGGUUAUAGUUCAGUUCCAGCCUUCCGCAAUACCAGAUGAAUGGGGUACCAUACAAGAUGGGCAGACUAGGCCUAGAGUGGUAAAACGUGGAAUUGAUGAGGAUCAUGAGGAAAUUCCAGAUGGUGAGGUCUCUCAAAUCGAUCAUCUAGUAUUCAUGGUCCAUGGCAUUGGCCCUGUCUGUGAUCUGCGAUUCAGAAGCAUCGUUGAAUGUGUUGAUGAUUUUCGGACAGUGUCUCUGAAAUUGUUGCAGUCGCAUUUUAGAAAGUCAGUAGAAGAGCUUAAAGUGAGCAGGGUCGAGUUCCUGCCAGUUCACUGGCAUAGUACUCUGCAUGGAGAUGCAACUGGAGUGGAUAGGAAUAUUAAAAAAAUAACUUUGCCGACCAUUGGACGUCUUCGUCAUUUCACCAACGAGACUCUACUUGACAUACUGUUUUACAGUAGCCCCACCUACUGUCAAACGAUUGUGGAUAAAGUAGGGCUGGAAAUGAACCGUCUCUAUGCACUUUUCAAGAGCAGAAACCCUGAAUUUAAAGGAGGAAUUUCUGUUGCUGGUCAUAGUUUGGGUUCGUUAAUAUUAUUUGAUAUCCUGUCCAACCAGAAAGAUUGGACUUCCACAGUUAAUUCUGUGGCUUCUGUCGCUGCCAAUGGUAUUGGGAAGGAUGCGGCUGAAUAUGAUCAGCAGAUGACAGUAGAGUCUAAUUCUGCUGGUUCUGUACAUUCUCUUUCCAACGAUGAGCAUGAUGUGGAGGACGAUAUUCCAACCUUGCAAAGAACCCUGGAAAUGCUUAGCUUGUCUGAGUACAUCAGCACAUUUGAAACGGAGAAGAUUGACACAGAAUCUCUGCUGAUGUGUACGAUUGAUGAUCUGAAGGAAAUGGGAAUACCUCUUGGGCCGCGAAAGAAGAUAGCAAACUUUGUAAAAGACAGAGCGGCCAAACAGGAACAGAGAAAAGCAGCAUUGGAGAAAAAGGCAGCAGUUGAAGCCAUGAUGCGGACCCAGGAAGAAGCUGCGCAGGCAGCAAAGAAAGUGGUCAGUUUUGCUUCGCCUUCAGAAUCUGGUAUGCUCCAGGAUCCAUCCAAGAAAAGGCUUCCAGUUGGAGCUUCAGUUUCCUCUGCCAACAUAGAUUAUGAAUAUUUUGAAGUGGGCACUGGUCAGGUGUCUGUGGUAUAUAGUGCACUUGACUUUGAGCCAGACAAUUUCUUUGCUCUGGGUUCACCAAUUGGUGUAUUUCUCACUGUAAGAGGAGUGGAAAAAAUCGAUGAAAACUACAGGCUCCCCACUUGCAAGGGAUUUUUCAACAUCUAUCAUCCGCUCGAUCCAGUGGCUUAUAGGCUAGAACCUAUGAUUAUUCCUGACUUGGAUGUAAAACCAGUUCUUGUUCCACAUCACAAAGGCAGAAAAAGGCUUCAUCUUGAAUUGAAGGACUCUCUUUCUCGAAUGGGAUCAGACCUGAAACAGGGUUUCAUCAGCUCGUUGAAAAGUGCUUGGCAAACCCUGAAUGACUUUGCACGUGCUCAUACAUCUUCCAUUCAGCUCCAAGCAGAACUGGAGAAGGUAGCUCAUCAGAUAAAACAGGAAGAAGAAAAAGAUGAGACAGACGAAAAGAUCGUUGAAAGCCCAGAUCUUUCAAAAGAUGAAGACUUGGCUGUAAAAGUUGGUUUGCUAAAUGGAGGACGACGUAUUGAUUAUGUGCUGCAAGAAAAACCCAUAGAAAGUUUCAACGAGUAUUUGUUUGCUCUACAGAGUCACUUGUGCUACUGGGAAUCAGAAGACACCGCUUUGCUUCUCCUGAAAGAAAUCUAUAGAACUAUGAAUGUUUGUCCUGAACAGCCGCAACAUUGAUGUAUGGAUACCCAUCAUUCAGAAUUUCCUUUCUAAUCUUUCUGCUGGCCUGCCAACAACCUUUUGAAGAAGGCAACACCAAUUCCCUCGUCACAGAUGACAGAAGUGGUUUCAAUCUACAGCCCUCAGAUUCCAUACCAUCAUUUUUUAAUUUUUGUUUUCUUUCUUUUUUUAUUAACUGGGGUGGAGGAAAAGAAAAUGAAGCCUACCGUUCAGAGUACACGUACCUUUUUUUUUUUAUAAAACCAGCCUUGAAUCAUUUGUGGAAGAGUUGCCAAACAUAAAUGACCCUUCAAGAAAUGUGUGGCAUGCAAAUAAAUCUUUAUAAUCUGAUUUAUCAGACUUGUAUUUUCUAUAAGGGCUGUGGUUUGUUUUUUUCUUAAAAAAAUUAUUGGUAAACAGCAAUAACAACCUUUUUCUUUAAUAAAAAGACCAUUUGUCCCACUUCUGCAAGAACUGUGAAGUUCAAACUACUUUAAUACAAAUCUACAUCCAUCCAUUUGUAUUUGUUGAAAUAAAGCAAUUCCUUGCACCUGGUAAGCCUACCACUAAGAUUUUAUAAUGAAGUAUCUUCUGAGCCUCUGAGGGAGAGUGUUUUCAAAUGCUUGCAACAUGAACUUCAGCUCUGUAUCAUAGAGAGCAGCUACAAAUUGCUUGAUUUUGCUGUAUGUUUUUUUUUUUUUUUUUUUUUUUUGCAGAGGGAGAGUAGAAAAGGAUAAGCCAAAUAAAAUUUUAGUUUGACAGUAGUGACCAGCCUGGGAUGCGGAAGUCUCCAUACAACUUGAGAGACUGGAUUUGCAGAAAUCAAAUACAUUUAUGGCCCUGCAGGAGAAGAGGAAUGCUUUGAUUAUUAGAUUUAGAGGGAGUUUUGGUAUGCUGAGAACAGUCCCUGUGUUGCUUAGUGGAGUAUGAGAAGGUUAGAGAAGUUUCUUAAACACUGGACUUCUAUCAUUUUUUGCUGCUCCUUCUGAUUCCCCCUCUGUAUACUUUCAAUUUUUCCAUUAAAAAUAAAACUGUGAUAGCUUCUAUUUGCUGGUCUUCUACAUAGUGGCUUGUCAUGGAUGAGUAGCCUUUUUGGAAAAAAAGUGGUUGUUUUUUUUUGGGUGGUAACGUCCACAUUAUUUUUGAUAUUUGCUUUGUUGCAGCAUUGUGUCUUGAAGAGGGAGGUAAUAGACCAGGUGGUGCUGUAGUUGGAUCAGCUUCUGCCUGCUGUAAAGUCUAUGCAGUUUAAAACCUUCAUAUUCUUAGGUUGAGAGAACUUUUCAUUGCAGUAUAUUAACCUGUAGCUAUUUUUAUAUCUUUAUAAAUAUAAUAUUGUGGCUAAUACUAAAAGAUACUGUGAUACCAGCAAGCUUCUAUGCUUGCCUGCCCCCCCCCCCCGGUAAUCCUCACUUUAUCUCAGAAAGCAACAGGAUGUUUUCUGUCUUGCUUUUUCCUCUCUUUCUAAAUAUUCGGUGCUCCAUUCAUCACAAUGAAAUUUCCCUUCAGUCAUUUGUUAAACCAGAACAAAUUUCUGUCAGAGGAAUGCGGGAUGAAGCAACAGCUUGUCAGAGAGCAUAACAAGUGGGAAAGCCCUUUAAUAAAUCCUGGAUUAAAGUUGUCUCUGAACAGGUUUCAGAACUGUACAUUUGGUAUUCAGAAUGUGUUUUCAGUCCUCCUCAAUAAAAUACCAAAGAACAAAAGAAAUGCAAAGGUUUUCAAUAAUCGACAACAGUAUUGAGUGUGUGGCGUGUACUGAAGUGAAAUGUGUAAAGGUAGACCAAAUAAAUGUAAUGUUAGGAAAUAUGAAAAAUAAAAAGGUGUUUAUUGAAACUUUUAAUUUUAAGGAAAAAAACUUAGUAAUUUCCUUUGCUUUUCACUUGCUCAAUAUUGUUUAGUGCUCUGGCAGGAAAAGGCUUCUGAGUUGGUGGCAUAGAACAUACAUUGUAUUUCAACUUGAAAAAUUUAAAUUCAUUAAGAAAUUCUAUAUUUUUUUUAGCAAACAUUCUUUGUGUCACCUGAAUUGAUGGAUAAAUAUUUUCCCCCUGUUUAAGAUAUUUAUCUGGGUGUUGAUGUGGUUAUCUAAAACAGACUGAAUAUUGCCUAUUAAACUUGACAUUUGUUGAUAGGAACAUUACACCUGUCCUCUGCGCAAACUGCUACCUUUUAUUCCUGUUGGCUCUAUUCAACAGCUGAAUUCUGUCACAUUCUACAAAUAUUUGAGGUUCCAGUGAUAUGAGCACCAAAAUGCCAAGUUCUUGUGAUGGGAUAAGGAUAGAACUUUGUACAAAGGAGACAUAAUGCUGGAUUUCCAUGCAAACAAUAUGGAAUAAAACAUAAGUUGUUUUAAA